AUGAGAAUUGAUAAUGAAAAUUUUUUCUUGUUUAGACAUUGUUCCAACGAAAAUGAAACCCGAUUACCAUUGAUUGAAAAGGCUUAUGCUAAGAUGCAUGGUGAUUAUGAAAGUAUUUCUGGCGGAUAUACUGGUCAAGGGAUUGAAGACUUGACUGGAGGCGUUUAUAAUUUAACAUUAAUUAAUGAUAUUCUUGAUACAGAAAAAUAUUGGAAUGAAGAAUUAAAAAACGUGAACAAUCGAGUUAUUAUUUUACGAACUGUUGAAAUUGAAGAUGGUAAAAAACUUAUUUUGAUUCGUAAUCCACACGGGCAAACAGAAUGUACUGGCAGAUGGAGUGACGGAGAUAAUGCCCUUAAUCACAGAUUUGGUGAUGAUGGUGCUUUUUGGAUGAGUUAUGAGGAUUUCUUGGAACAUUGGCAACUAAUUGAUAAAUUCGUGUUGUUUGAUGAAUCUUGGACUGUUUAUUUGACUUGGGUCAAUUAUAAUGUGGUUCCAAAGUCCGAGGGCAAGUUCGUUAUUACACUUCCUGAAAAAACCAAAUUGGUUAUUGUUUUGCAACAACCAGAUGACCGUUAUUUUAAUAUCGGGACAGAAUAUGAUUACCAACUUAGUUUUCGUGUUUAUAAAAAAGGUUGUGAUAAUUAUUUAUUCAGAAGUGGGGCAACAGUUCUUUGGGCUAGUCAUAGUAUAAAUCUUGAAGUUGAAUUACUAGCUAGUGAUUAUGAAAUAGUAUUAGGGAUUGAACGUCAUCAAGGAGAAUUUCCAACUAAUAAGAAACAAGAUUCCGAGUGCAAUGAUCCUGAAGCAGAUACCAAUACCAUUUAUCCAAAAGAAGAGGACAAAGAAGAAAAAGAAAAUAUGGAAGAUUUGCAAUAA